AUGGAUCAACUGAUGGCCCAAUUGAUUGAUAUGGGCUUUGAUGCAGAGGUGUCAAGGCUGGCACUUGAACAGACAAAGUGUGUGUCAUUAGAGCGUGCCAUUGAGUUUAUAUAUAGUUUAUCCAAUCCAUCUGCACCAGAUACAACAAUGACGACAGCUCCAACAACGAUACAGGAGACAACGACAUCAACAACUACAGCAGUCAGUCAACUACAGAGACAGGGCACAUCAGUAUUGUCACAACAGCAGCACUCCCAGUCACAGAGACAGCCAUCAAAGAAAAUGCGCACGAGCAGCAAUGUAAAUACAUCGUUUGACUCGAGCCAGGGAGGCGACUAUGACGACAGCGACGAAGAGUACUAUGGCGAUGCCGACGACUAUCAGUUUGACGAGCCCGUCAUUGAGGCCAUGGCCACGUCCAACACUGUUCUACAGGCGGCCGAUCUCAUCAAGUCGGCACUGGAGGAGAUCCAUCGCAUUGAGGACAUCACAGAGUCGUCGCCUUGUGCCGCCACGCUCAUGUUGAUGCACUACCAAUGGAAUGGCAACAAGCUGCUCGAACAGUACUACGAGAACCCCGAUCGCGUCAAGAAGAAGGCUGGCGUUCCCGACAAGGAGGAGUUUGUAGCCAACACCUCUACACAACAUGAAUGUAUCGUCUGUUGUGAUACAAUGGAUACUCAUAACACUUGUUAUCUAUCUUGUAAACAUUAUGCAUGCUCUACAUGUUGGAAGAGUUAUCUUUCUUUAAAGAUAGCAGAGGGAGAGUCAAUGGGCAUCACAUGUAUUGGUUUUAAGUGCUCACAUAUUGUGUCUGACAGCUUCAUCAAGACAGUUGUACCAGAGUCCUACCAAAAGUACCUGGAGAGACUGGCCCUAACAUUCGUCGACAAGAAUCCAAACAUGAGAUGGUGUCCAACUGCAGGUUGUGGAAAUGCUUUGAAAGCUGACAGCCAGUCAGAGUCUGUUGCUCAAUGUACAUGUGGCUUUAGGAUCUGUUUCAAGUGCAACCAGGAAUCGCACGUACCAGCCAGCUGUGAGCAAAUCAAGCUGUGGAAGAAGAAGAAUGAGGAUGACUCUGAGACUGCCAACUGGAUCCAGACUCAUACACAAGAUUGUCCAAAGUGUCACUCUGCCAUUGAGAAGAAUGGAGGUUGCAAUCAUAUGACAUGUAAGAAAUGUACUCAUGAAUUCUGUUGGAUAUGUAUGGGAGAUUGGAAAGGACAUAGCUCAUGUAACUCUUACAAGAAGGAAGGAAACAGCAACAAGUCUGAUACAAAGAAGGCGUUGGAGAGAUAUUUGUUCUACUUUCAUCGUUACAACACUCAUGAGCAGAGCAAGAAGUUUGAGACCAAGCUUCGCAAGGACGCCCUCGACACUAUUCUGGCACUGCAGAGCAAGCAGGACAAGCGUUGGAUCGACGUCAAGUUCAUCGAGACAUCGACCGAGACCCUGAUCCAGUGCCGUCGUACACUCAAGUAUACCUACGUGUUUGGAUUCUACCUGGACGAGGGCACCGAGAAGAACCUGUUUGAGUUCCUCCAGUCUGAUCUGGAGAAGACCACCGAGCGUCUGUCUGGUCUGCUCGAGGCUGGCGAGAACCAGAACAUUAUGGAGCUAAAGGAGGUCACCAACCUCGCUUCGAACAAGUUGAUGCAUCUGCUCGAUGGAAUUGAGGAGGGAUUGACUACUCAGCCAAACAAGUUGCGU